CCUCGUUCCUCUCAUUCCCCUUCCACCUCGCUCUCUCUCUCUCUCUCCUCGCACUGCCAUCUCUCUCUCUCUUACGCGCGCGUGACACCUCCACGGGCGCGCCGCGCGCGAGAGCAGCCGCCACCGACUGAUCACCGGCUGGCGCGGGGGCUGGGGCGAUCUGAUGCUGGCGCGGCGGUGAUGGCUGCGCCGUCCGCCGGCGCAGGGGGCGGGGGCGGCGGCGCGGGGGAGGGCUCCUCCUCCUCGGCCGCCGCGGCUGCCGCAGCCGCGACGAUCGGGGCCCACGGUGUCGAUCAAGUUGCAGAAGCGAUGUGGCAGAUGAACUUAGGAGAAGCUGUGGAACUGGGGCCUUACCCAGAGCGUGUUGGUGAGCCAGAUUGUAGUUAUUACAUGAGGACUGGCAUGUGUAGGUUUGGGAUGACCUGUAAAUUUAACCAUCCAGCAGAUAGGAAGCUGGCUGUUGCUGCUGCAAGAAUGAAGGGAGAAUAUCCUCAAAGAAAUGGCCAGCCUGAAUGUCAAUACUAUCUGAAGACCAGCACAUGCAAAUUUGGAGCAACUUGCAAGUUUCACCACCCCCGAGAAAAGGCUGCAAUGGCAACUCGAGUGCAGUUGAAUGAAUUGGGCUACCCAUUCCGCCCGAGUGAAAAGGAAUGUGCCUAUUAUUUAAGAACAGGGCAGUGCAAGUUUGGAAGCACAUGUAAAUUUCACCAUCCACAACCAUCUACCAUGAUGGUUGCUGUACGUGGCUCUGGUUAUUCACCUGGACAGUCUGCAACUUCUCCUGGCCAGCAUGCGUACCAAGGGGCUGUAACAAGCUGGCCCUUGUCGAGAUCUACUUCUUUCAUUGCAAGUCCAAGGUGGCCAGGUCAUUCAAGCUAUGCGCAAGUGCUUGUUCCUCCAGGCCUUGUUCAGGUCCCAGGGUGGAAUCCUUACACUGCACAGAUUGGUUCAUCAUCCUCAGAGGACCAACAACAGACACCUGGAGCUGCCCAAUACUAUACUGGCUCACGCCAGAGUGGAACACCUUGCAUCGGAGAUCAAGGAAUGUUUUCAUCAUACCAAGCUGGUUCAGUUCCUGUUGGACUUUAUGCAGUACAGAGGGAAAAUGUGUUUCCAGAGAGACCUGACCAACCUGAAUGUCAGUUCUAUAUGAAAACUGGAGAAUGUAAAUUUGGUGUUGUAUGCAAGUUCCAUCAUCCCAGGGAGCGAAUAAUUCCUGCUCCCAAUUGUGCACUGAGUUCAUUGGGCCUUCCCCUGCGUCCGGGAGAACCCAUUUGCAGUUUCUAUUCUCGCUAUGGCAUGUGCAAGUUCGGUCCAAAUUGCAAAUUCGAUCAUCCAAUAGGAACAGUCAUGUAUGGCCAUGUUUCAUCACCAACUAGUGAGGUCCCAACUUCUCGACGAAUGCUGGCAUAUGUACCAUCUCAUCCAGAAGUAUUGCCUGACAAUGGCUCGGGAAGGUCACGGAGGAUUACCCAUUCAGAUUCCCAGCAAAUACCCUCAGGUGAAAGGAGCACUGAGAGAGAGGCGUCCUAAGCCAUCCUCGGUUCCAUGUUCAUGCUGCCUCCCAUUCUUGACUGGAGUAAUUAUCUGCAACAACAUUUGAGGAGCUGUACAGGUCUUUUGCGCUUUUACCUCACCUUCGAGCUUUACAUACCGGAGCUUGCUUCAACAUGUAUUGCAUUCAGGCUGGAAAAAGUUCCUAGCCUGUUCGGGAUGCCCAUUUGCCCAAUGGAAACAGGAACAAACCUUACCUUAUUUAAAACAUAUGUAUGGAACCAACUCACCUUUGGACAUUCGAACCGACUCGAGUGAUGUGUGCCGUGAUCGUGUUGUUGUAGCUAUAGAGGUGCAUUGAAAUGGACGCUUUUGCGAAACUUGACUGGGGAUGCGCAAGCAUAACCUCUUUGGUUUAUUAUCUCGCUUUUCUUAAGCAUUUCCGUAAGAGCAACCUCACAUAUGAAAGUGUGGAUGUUGAAGAUGCGGAAA